AUGGUGGCACCGGCCAUUAAAUAUUCAGAUGGACUGGAGCUUUCUGGUAAAGAGCAAGGCCUGUACACAGGGGACUUCUGCUGUUCUCUCACAACAGCCAUUGGGAUUUCAAAGGAGGAGCUCAGCUGUGGUUGGCUUGCUGGAAAGUACUCUCCAUUUAGUCUGACCUUGCAGCCAUCAGCACAGUGUUGGGUGAGACUUCGUGCUAGAAGCCGACGGACGGUGUUAGGUGGCUCUGGGGUAAAGUUUCCCCAAUCCGAACCUUAACCAUUAGUGGGGAAAAUGCAAAACUGACCCAAGAUCACCGUCUAGGGGCCACUUCACCCUACACCAUUUCAGUGCCUCAGGGACACAUGGAGGACAUUUGGGCUGAUUGGUUUCUCUCUUUUCAGGUUUCGACCGGGGGAAAGAAGAUUCCCUGACUCCGAAAGAGGACUCCUCUCACUCCAUAUCCAAGAGCAAGGUACGGUCCAAAAAUACACCCCAAGCUUCCUCUCCUCUCCCAGCUCUUCUCUCAUUUCUCUCUUUACAGGACGUACAAGGACAGAAAACAUACCCAUCCACUCUCUCUGAAGCAGAAACUUUUAAAAUCGACUUUCUCUCUAUGGCCAAAGUCCCUAACCAUUAAAGCUUCAUGCUCUACCAUUGAUUCUAUAUGAACAAGCAGCAGAAGUUGUAGGAAAGGGGGUCAGGGAGGGUGCUGAUGAAACCCCAUUUCAGUGUGUAAGACAUAGUUCUAAUGAGACCAGAGAGUUAGGGAGUUACUGUAAAAGAACAAGCCAUGGGUGAGAGCUUCAUUCAUUAUUAAUCACAUGUACAUCAAACACAGAAACCCAACCAUUCCAGACCAGGCCUCUCUCAACAGAACGCAAUGUUCAAUUUCCAAUGAGAACUAAGGCCUAGGGUUGCAAAAUUCUGGUUACUUUCCCAUAAAUCCCAGUUUUUCUAGAAAUCCUGGUUGGUGGAUUUCUUGCUUAUUCCCUGCUGAUUUCUGGAAAACCUGGGAUUCAUUUAUUUUUUGCCGGACUUUUGCAACUCUAAUCAGGCCUCAGCUAAGUUCAUACAUAUCAAGUUGUCUUCUGAGUCACGCCAGUGUUGUCGGGAUUGGACUGGGAUUUGAAUAAAGCCACGUUUUUGUUUAGUUUUUAUUAUGUUUUUCCAAUAAUAAAACAGUGACAGCAUAAAUAGACAGACAUACCUAUAGACAUAAAUACAGACAGACGUUAUGUAAUAUAUAUGUAUGUUUUAAACAACACGUUAUGUAAUAUAUAUGUAUGUUUUAAACAACACGUUAUGUAAUAUAUAUGUUUUAAACAACACGUUAUGUAAUAUAUAUGUAUGUGUUAAACAACACGUUAUGUAAUAUAUAUGUAUGUGUUAAACAACACGUCAUGUAAUAUAUAUAUAUGUUUUAAACAACACGUUAUGUAAUAUAUAUGUAUGUUUUAAACAACACGUUAUGUAAUAUAUACACUACCGUUCAAAAGUUUGGGGUCACUUAGAAAUGUCCUUGUUUUCCAUGAAAACACAUGAAAUGAGUUUGAAUAGGAAAUAUAGCUAAAUUAAUAGGAAAUGUAGUCAUUGACAAGGUUAGAAAUAAUGCUUUUUAAUAGAAAUAAUAAUUGUGUCCUUCAAACUUUGCUUUCGUCAAAUAAUCCUCAAUUUGCAGCAAUUACAGCCUUGCAGACCUUUGGCAUUCUAGUUGUCAAUUUGUUGAGGUAAUCUGAAGAGAUUUCACCCCAUGCUUCCUGAAGCACCUCCCACAAGUUGGAUUGCCUUGAUGGGCACUUCUUAUAUACCAUACGGUCAAGCUGCUCCCACAACAGCUCAAUAGGGUUGAGAUCCGGUGACUGUGCUGGCCACUCCAUUAUAGACAGAAUACCAGCUGACUGCUUCUUCCCUAAAUAGUUCUUGCAUAGUUUGGAGCUCUGCUUUGGGUCAUUGUCCUGUUGUAGGAGGAAAUUGGUUCCAAUCAAGCGCCGUCCACAGGGUAUGGCAUGGCGUUGCAAAAUGGAGUGAUAGCCUUCCUUCUUCAAGAUCCCUUUUACCCUGUACAAAUCUCCCACUUUACCACCACCAAAGCACCCCCAGACCAUCACAUUGCCUCCACCAUGCUUGACAGAUGGCAUCAAGCACUCCUCCAGCAUCUUUUCAUUUGGUCUGCGUCUCACAAAUGUUCUUCUUUGUGAUCCGAACACCUCAAACUUCGAUUCGUCUGUCCAUAACACUUUUUUCCAAUCUUCCUCUGUCCAGUGUCUGUGUUUUUAAAAAAAAUUUUUGGGUUUUUUUUUUUUUAAAAAAAAAAAGUUUAAAAAAAAUUUUAAAAUUUUAAAAAAAAAGGGGGAAAAAAAAUUUUUUUUUAAAAAAAUUUUUAAAAAAAUUUUUUUUUUAAAAACCCCAAAAAAUUUUAAAAAAAAAUUUUUUUUUUAAAAAAAUUUUUAAAAAAAAUUUUCCCCCGGAAAAAAUUUUUUUAAAAAAGAAAAAAAAAAAUUUUUUAAAAAUUUUUUUAAAAAAAAAUUUUUUUAAAAAAAAAUUUUUUUUUUUUUUUUUUAAAAAAAAAAUUUUUUUGGGAAUUUAAAAAAAAUUUUUUUUUUUUUUUAAAAAAAAAAUUUUUUUUAAAAAAAAAAAUUUUUUAAAAAAUUUUUUUUUCCAAAACCCCCCCCCCUUUUGGCCCCCUUUGGUUGGGGGGGGGUUUCCCCCUUUUAAAAACCCCCAAAUUUUUCCUUUUUUUUAAAAGGCCCCUUUUUUUCCCCCCGGGAAAAAUUUUUUAAAAAGGGGGCCCCCCUUUUUGGGGAAAAAAGGGGUUUUUCCCCCCCCAAAAGCCCCAAAAGGGUUUUUUUGGGGUUUUCCCCCAAAAAAAACCCCCCCCCCCCCCCCCCGGGGGGGCCCCCCCAAAAUUUUUUUUUUUAAAAUUUUUUUUUUUCCCCCCCCUUUUCCCCCCAAAAACCCCCCAAAAUUUUUUUUUAAACCCCCGGGGCCCCCUUUUUUUCCCCCCUUUUUUUUUGGUUUUUUUUUUAAAAAUUUUUUUUUUUUCCCCCCCUUUUUUUGGGGCCAAAACCCCCCCUUUUUUUAGCUUUUUUUUUUUUUCCCCCUUUUUUUUUUUUUUGGGGGCCUUUCCCCCGGAAAAGGGGGGUUUUUUUUAAAUUUCCCCCAAAAAAAAAAGGGAUUUUUUUUGGGGGGGGGGCCCCCCCCUUUUUUUUUUUUUGGGGGGGAACCCGGGGUGUUUUUUAAAAUGGGGGAAAAAUUUUGUUUUUCAUUUUUUUUUUUUAAAAAAAUUUUUUUUUUUAAAAAAUUUGGGUUUUGGGGGGGGGGGGGUUUUUUUUUUUGGGGGGGGUUUUUUUUUCCCCCCCCAAAAAUUUUUGGGCCAAAAAAAUUUUUUAAAAAAGGUUUUUUUUGGGGUUUUAAAAAACCCUUGUAAUUUUUAAAAAAAAUUUUUUUGGCCCCCCCAAAAUUUAUUUGCUAAAAAAAAAAUUUUUUUUUUAAAAAUUUUUUAAAAAAAAAAAAAAAAUUUUUCCCCCUUUUUUUUUUUUUAAAAAAAAAAAACCCUUAAAAAAAAUUUUUCCCCCAAAAUUUUAAAAGGGUUUUUUAAAAAAAAAAACCAAAAAAAAAAAAAAAAAAUUUUUAAAAAAUUUAAAAAAAUUUUUUUUUGUUUUUUUAAAAAAAAAAUUUUUAAAAAAAUUUUGGGCCUUUUUUUUUUUUUUUUUUAAAAAAAACCCCAAAAAUUUUUAUUUUUUUAAAAUUUUUUUUUAAAAAUCGGGGGGGCCCGGGGUUUUUUGGGGUUUUUUUAAAAGGGCCCCCCCGGGGGGUUUUUAAAAACCCCCAAAAAAAAAAAGGGGUUUUUUUUUUAAAAAAUUUUAUGGGCCCCCUUUUCCCAAAAAAUCCCCCCUUUUUUUUUUUUCGGGGUUUUUUAGUUUAAAACCCCUGCGGGCCCCCCCCCAAAAAUUAAAAAAGGGGUUUUUCCCAAAUUUUUUUUUUUAAAAAAUGCCCCCCUUUUUUUUUCCCCAAAAAAAUUUUUUAAAAAACCCCGGGGGGGGCCCCCAAAAAAAAAGGGGGGGGAAAAAAUUUUUUUUUCUUUUUUUUAAUUUUUUUUUUUAAAAAAAACCCCUUUUCCCUUUCCCCCCCCCCCUUUUAAUUUUUUCCCCCCCCCCCCCUUUUUCCCCCCCUUUUUUUAAUUUAAUUUUUUUAAAUCCCCCCCCUUUUUUUUUCCCGGGCCCCCUUUUUAAAUCCACCCCCCCCCCCCUUUUUUCCCCCCCCUUUUUUUAUCCUUUUUUUUUUCCCCCCCCCUUUUUUUUUCCCCGGGCCCCCCCCCCCCCCCCCCUUUUUUCCCUUUUUUUUUUUUCCCCCCCCCCCCCUUUUUCCCCCCCUUCCCCCCCCUUUUUUUUUCCCCCCCCCGGGUUUUGGGGGGGCCUUUUUCCCCCCCCCCAAAACCCCCAAAAGGGGAAAAAAAAAACCCCCAAUGGAAAAGGGUUUUAAAAAUUUGGGGGCCCCCCCCCCUUUUUUAAAAGGCCCCGGGUUUUUUUUGGGGGGGAAAGGGGGGUUUUUUCCCCAAUUUUUUCCCCGGGGCCCUUUUAAGGGCCCUUUUUUUAAAAACAAAAACCCCUUUUUUUUUUUUUGGGGGGGGGGUUGGGUUUUGUUUCCGGGUUGGGAAAAAUUUCCCCUUUUUUUCCCUUUAAAGGGGGGGGUUUUAAAAAAAGGGGGCCCCAAAAAGGGGGGGGGUUUUAAAAAUUUUUAAAUUUUGAAAAUCCCCCUUCUUUUAAAAAAAAAAAAAAGGGGGGAAAAGGUUCCUGGGCCGGGGCCCCCCUUUUAAAAAUUCCCCCUUUUCCCCCCCCUUUUCCCCCUUUUUUUUUUUGGGGGCCCCCCCCCCCAAGGGCCCCCCCCCCCAAAACCCCCCCCGGGAAACCCCCCCCGGGGACCCCCCCCCCCCCAAACCCCCCCCCUUUCCCCCCUUUUUUCCCCCCCCCCUUUAAACCCCCCCCCUUUUUCCCCCCCGGGGGGCCCCCCGGGGGGCCCCCGGGGGGUUUUUUUUAAAAAUCCCCAAAAAAAAACCCUUUGGGGGGUUUUUGGGGGGGCCCCCGGGGGGGGGAAAAAAAAAAGGGGUUUGGGGGGAAGAAAAAAAAACCCCCGGGGGGUUUUUUGGGGGGGGAAAAAGGCCUUGGGGGGGGGGUUUUUUGGGGGGGAAAAAAAUUUUUUUUUCCCCCCCAAACCGGGAAAAAAAAAGGGUUUUUUUUGGGCCCGGUUUUAAAAAAAAAAAUUUUUUUUUCCCCCCCGGAAAAAAAUUUCAUGAGGUUUAUGUGUAGCCCCCCCUUUUUGGGGGAAACCCCAAAAAUUUUUUGUGGGGGCCCCCGGGGGGAAAAACCCCCUUUUUUUUUUCCCCCGGGUUUUUUUAAAAAAAGGGUUUUUUGGUUUCCCCCAAAAAAAAAAAAAAAAAUUUUUUUAUGUGUCCCCCCGGGGGGGAAAAAAAACCCCUUUUUUUUUGGGGUUCCCCCCAAGGGGAAAAAAAAAUUUUUUUUUUUCCCCCCCAAAAGGGGGAAAAACCCUUAAAUUUUUUUUUUUCCCCCCCCGGGGGGGUUUUGGGGAAAACCCUUUGGCAUGAUGUUUGUGUCCCCCCCCAAAAAAAAAAAAUUGUGGGGUUUUUUGGUGUGGCCCUCCCGGUUUCAAAAAAAAAACCCCGGGGGUUUGUGUGUGGCCCCCCCGGGGGCCCCCUUAAAUUUUUGGGGGGGGGGAAAAGGGGCCCCUUUGUUUUUUUUUUCCCGGGGCCCGGGGGGGAAAAGGGGGGUUUUUUUUUUGGGGGGCAUUGGGGUUUUGUUUUUUGGGGGCCCCCCGGGGGAAAAGGGAAAAAUUUUUUUUUUUGGGGCCCCCCCAAAAAAAAACCCCCCUUUUUUUUUUGGGGGGCCCCGGGGCCGGGAAAAAAAAAAAGGGGGGGGGGUUUUUCCCCCCCCCCCUUGUUUUUUUUUGGGGCCCCGGGGAAAAAAAAACCCCCUUGGGGGGGAAAAAAUGGGAAACCCCAAACCCCUUUUUUUUUCAGGGGGGGGGAAAAUUUCCCCUUUUUGUUUUUUUUAAAAAACCCCCUUUUUAAAUUUUCCCCCAAAAAAAAACCCCCCCAAAAAAAAAAACCCCCCCCCCAAACCCCCCCCAAAAAAAAUUUUUAAAAAACCCCCAAAAAAAAAAUUUUAAAUUUUUAAAAAUUUUUUUUUUUUUUUUUUUUUUUUUGGGGUUUUUUGGGUUUUGGGGGUCGGGAAAAAUUUUGGGGGGGGCCCCUUUUUUGGGCCCAAAAGGGGGGGGGGAAAAAAAGGGGGGGGGGGGGCCCCGGGGCCCCCCCGGGGUUUGGGCCCCAAAAAAAACCCCCUUUUUUAAAACCCCCGGAAAAAAUUUUUAAAAGGGGUUUUUUAAAAAAAUUUUAAAAAAAAAAUUUAAAAAAAAAAUUAAAGGGGGGAAAAAAAAAAGGGGUUUUUGGGGGAAAAUGUUGGGAAAAGGUUAAGGGGAUGGUUUUUGGGGGGGGGGUUUUUUUGGGGAAAAGGGGGCCCUUUUUUUUUGGGGGGGGGGAAAAAAUUUUUAAAAAUAAAACCCCUUUAAAAAAAACCCCAAAAAUUUAAAAAAAAAAGGGAAAAAUUAAAAAUUUAAAAAAAAGGGUUUUUUUCCAAAUUUUUUUUUAAUUUAAAAAAUUUUGGGGGGAAAUUUUUCCCCCAAUUUUUUUCCCCCCCAAAAGGGGGGCCUUUUUUUUUUAAAAAUUUUAAAAAAAAAAAAAAAAAAUUUUUUUAAUUUUCACCCCCCUUUUGGGGUUCCCCCCCCUUUUUUUUUUAAAAAAAUUUUAAAGGGCCCCAAAAAGGCCCCCAAAAAAAAAACCCCCAAAAAAAAUUUUUUUUUUAAAAAAAAAAAAAACCCCCCAAAAAAUUUUUUUUUUUUGACUUAUUUUCAAAAUUUUAAUUUAUUUUUGAGGGUCCCCCCUUUUUUUCUUGGAAAAUGAAUGUUAUUUUUAACAACCAAUAGAGGGGGUUUGGGUUUUUUAGCCCAAAACCCCCCCCCCCCAACCCCCCCCCCCCCCCCCAAAGGUUUCGAAAUAGGGGCCCCAAAAAGCGUGGUUUUGGCUUUGGUUUUUUUACAACAUGUAAACUAUAUUUCGUCACAAAUGUUUAUUGAAAACAUAAAUUAAUUUGUUGCCUCUCAAAUACAUCGUUGCAGUUGUUGGUUAGCUAGCGAAUUUGUGCAAUAUUAGCAUUGACAUGAAAUCAGUCAAAACACCUCAAAACAAGACAUGGUAUCAAGUACAAGAUUCAACUAGCUGAAACGAGUCACUUACGAGUCCUCACAUGGCAGUUUCUUGUCAUUGUUGCUAGAUAUCUGGCCAUCCAGAAUCACAACAACACAAGGCCUUAUAUGCCAUUGAAGCGUGCGCAUUGUUUUCGUGACGUUGUCAGCUAACCCGUAACUCCGCCGUAAAUCCAGUGCAUAUUGAACGUUGAGAUUGCUGAAAGGCCAAUCUCUUUGUCAAUGGCAAGGAGUGGAAUGUUAGCUAAAGAGACUGGUACUCAGACUAUUCAAUUACCACAAUAUAAAACCUUUGAGUAGCCAGACGUGCUUCAGCCUUCACAUCCACAUCCUGGUCAAAGUUCAUCUGGUUCUUUCAUUUCAAUUAAAUACAAUUCAAUAUUUUAUUUGUCCCCCCUUCCUCCCCUGUCAAUAAGAAUGUUAGCAUAAUGAUGCACACAAUUAGCAUUGAAAUUGUCUAGCUGAAGGUUCUUCACAUUUCAAAUAAUAAUUGUUGCAUGUUUUACCUGCAUUAUCAAAUUGGGUUAACCUCUGUAUGAAAUUGUCACAGUGCAAAUCUCAGUUAGAGCGACAGCACUUUACGCUGUUUCUUCUACCAUGUAAGUCUGUUGUGACAGUAUAACGAUACCCCCUAAACCAAAUUACAAAUCCUUUGUAAACUGCAAAUUGACUGCAAGAAGCCCAAACAGAUAUCAUAUUUGACUAAAACAUAAUAAUUUCAAACCUUGCUUACAUUUUUGUAUACGAUCACAUCUCUCUAUUAUGCGUGGGAAUACUUGAGAAUAGAUUUCCAAAAUUAAAAUAAAUCGGAGCUGAUUGCCUGGUGUUUUUGCAGUAUUUUAUGUCCAACAAUGAAAAAAAUAAUUUUGUCCCAGAAAACUUGGGGGGGCCAAAUAAAACCACCCGCGGGCGGCCAGUUGGGGAACCCUGCCCUAAACCCUUUGUCUUGAGUAGGCACGGCACUACAGAUGUCACACCCACUUACCACUGUAAAAUGGACUAUGGGCCCUAGUCAAAAGUAGUGCACUUAAAGGGAAUAUGGUUCCAUUAGGAUGCAUGCACGCCGUAUGAAUGCCCCUCCAACCAAACAAUAAAAGGAUUGUUUAAACAAAAGCACCCUCCCUAUUGCAACGGCCAAACUGGACAUCAGUGUCAUCAAUGGGACUUUGCCAACAGGACCCAUUAUUAUACCCUUGGGGAAUGGGAUGAGUCAUGUUCCCGUGGCCCACACCACAGUCACCACACCCCAAAAAUCCCAAAAGGGGUUUGGCCCUUGGGGGAUACUGUCAGUGCCCUAUGGUUGGGGAUAAUGUUUCAGAGUGGUGUUACCAAAACCCUUUUUUCGGGGGGGCUUUUUCCCUUUUCUCGUUUUCUUCUUUUCCCCUUCCCCCCCUCCUCUCUCCAAUUUUCUCUCUCUCUCUCUCUCCCCCCUCUCUCUCUCCUCUCUCUUUUCCCUCUCUUCUCUCUCUCUCUCUCUCUCCUCCUCUCCUCUCUCUCUCUCUUCUCUCUCUCUCUCUCUCUCCCCCCUCUCCUUUUUCUCUUUCUCCUUUCCUCCUUUUGGGGUUUUCCUCAAAAAACCUCCCGGCCCCCUCUCUUCCCGGGCCCCUCGGGUUUUGACUCCCGGGCUUAGGUUUUAGAUUUGUCUUCUUUUUCUCCCAUUGGUGAAUUUUUGUUUUGUCUGCUCGUCGGUCUGUUGUGUGGGGUUUUUUUGGGGGGUUUUCCCCCUUGCAAUUUUUUUUGUUUUUCCGGUGGGUUUGGUUUUUUCCCUUUUCCUUCCUUUUCCCUCUUGGGGGGUUUAAAGGGGCGCCAAAAACCCCCUGGUUUUCCCCUCCCCGGCCCGGGGGGUUCUAGGGCUUCCCCCUGGUCUCCGGUCCGGGGCCCCUUUUUCCCAGAUCCGGGGGGGGCUGGCACCCCCGGGGGGGCCCCUCUUCUCCCCUCUCCCGGUUUUCAGGGGGUUUCCAAAGGGGAUCGGUUUUUCCCCCCCCAAACCCAACCCGGGGCACCAAACCCCUCCUUUCCCUUUUCCCCCUUUUUGGCCCAACCGGUUAAAGCAGGCGGGUUGGUGUUUUAUUCCACCUUUUUCCCAAAAAUUUUUUACCAAAUUUUGGUGUUUAAAAGGAGGGGGGGAAUGGGUUUUAGUUUUAAAAACCCGGGGGUUUCUGUUAGUUGUUUGGCCUUUGUUUUUUUGGAAAAGGGGUGCAAUGGCCCCGGUUUUCUUUUUCUUUUAUGUGGGGUUUUUUAUCUGAUUUUUUGGCCUUUCCCUUUAAAGUCCUUUACCCUUUAAAGGGGGGGGAGGGGCUGAUGGUUGGUUAAUUUCCCCCGUUUCUAGGGUUGUGGAUGGUUUUCUGGGGCUGGUUUUGAAGGUUUUCUUCCGGGGCCUCCUGAAGGGACGAUUGAGUGGGGAAAGGGGGAGCUUCCCCACCCGCCGGGAAAACCCCCCUUUAAAAUUUUUAAAGGCCCGUGGAGGGGAAAUUUUAUCUGUUGAAAAAUUGCCCUUGUACUUUUUCCUCCCGCCUCUUUAAAAAAGGCCCCUUCAAAAUCCACCCGUUUCCCUUUUCCCCUUUCUGCCCAAUUUUCUUUUCGUUUUUUUUAUUCCACCCCUCCCAAGGGGUUUAGGCAGGGAGUGUUUUUCAGGAGGGGGACCACUUGGGCAGUCAGAGGGAAAAAAAACCUUGGGAUUUUGUUUUCAAAAAAAGGAUUUAGUUUGUAUUUUGAAACUUUCCCUUUUUUUUUUGUAAUUCCUUUUAUUUUUAGCAGGCAAAUCUUUAAUUCAAACCCCCACCUUUCCCAGGCGUUUUUCCGGGACCCGGGGGGAGGGGCCCCCCCUGAACGGGCCUGGGUGUCGACUGGGGGCUGGGGAAAAGGCAGGGGGAAAGGGGGCCUGACCGUUGGCCGGAAAAAGGGGUUUGCCCCGACCCCCCCCGGGCGAACCCCCGGGUUGCCCCCACUGGUUGGCCGGUUUUUCCCCCGAAGGGGGGGAAAGGUUGAGGGGAAAGAUUUAUGCCUUUUUCCCCUUUUUGCUUGGCUCUUUUGGAGGGGGUUUCCCCAAAUUUUAAAAGGAUCUGUUGGAAAAGGGGGGGCACCCGUAAAAAUUUCCCCGGAAAUUUGGAAAUCUGGAAAGGGAACCUAAAAAAUACCUUUUAUUUUUUUAAAAUUUGGCAAGAGGGCCCCCCCAAUUUCAAAACCGGUUAUUGGAGUUAAAAAAGCAAAAAUUAAACUUUUAUUUUUUUGUUCCCUUUCCCAAAAACCCAAAAAACCCAAAAUUUGUUUUUUAAAAGAGGAAAAGUAAGUUUUUUGGCAGAAAGCACAAAUAAAUUUUUUUGCAAACCAAAACCCCCUUGGAAAAGAAGGGUUUUAAAAAAAGGGGGGGGGGGGUCCUUAACAACCCUUGGUUUUUUUCCCCAAAAGUUUUAAACCCAGGCCCUUAAGGCCCCCCCACCGGUUAAAGAAGUGGAAAACCGGGGGGGUCAGACCAGGUAUUCCCAAGGGGGGUGGGGAAAAAGGGAAAAAAAACCCCUUUAACCCUGGGAAGGGAAAAAGUUUCCCCCGGGGGGUUUUCCCCUUCCCCCGAGGGGGAAAAAGGGGGGAAGCCUCCCCUCACAAGACCCCGUCCGUUAAAUCAAACCGGGGGAACCCCGGGUUGAAAUCUCAAAAAAACUUGUUUUUUUUGACCUCUGGUUUGCUUUUUUUUUUUUCUCCCCUUCCCCUAACCUUUCCCUUUUUUUUUCUAAUCUUUUCCCCAACCUUCCUUUAAACCCCUUUUCUUUUUUUAAUUUUUUCUCCCAAAAUUUUGGGGUUCCCCUUUGGGGAAAAAAACCGGGCCCCCAAAGGGGGGGGGAAAACCCUUAAAUCUCAAUUAAAUAGACAAAUUUAAAAACAAGGGACCCCCCCCCCCCCCCCCCCCCUUUUUUCCCUUUCCAAAAAUUUUUUUAGGAAAAAAAGCUGCAAAAAACCCCCGCCCGCCCACCCCUGCAGGGGAAUAGAAAAAAAUUUUCAGUGAAAAGGGAAAAAAAAUAUUUGAUCCCCUGCUGAUUUUGUACGUUUGCCCACUGACAAAGAAAUGAUCAGUCUAUAAUUUUAAUGGUAGGUUUUUUGAACAGUGAGAGACAGAAUAACAACAAAACAAUCCAGUAAAACGCAUGUCAAAAAUUGUAUAAAUUGAUUUGCAUUUUAAUGAGGGAAAUAAGUAUUUGACCCCCUCUCAAUCAGAAAUAUUUCUGGCUCCCAGGUGUCUUUUAUACAGGUAACGAGUUGAGAUUAGGAGCACUUAAAGGGAGUGCUCCUAAUCUCAGCUUGUUACCAGUAUAAAAGACACCUGUCCACAGAAGCAAUCAAUCAAUCAGAUUCCAAACUCUCCACCAUGGCUAAGAUCAAAGAGCUCUCCAAGGAUGUCAGGGACAAGAUUGUAGACCUACACAAGGCUGGAAUGGGCUACAAGACCAUCGCCAAGCAGAUUGGUGAGAAGGUGACAACAGUUGGUGCGAUUAUUCGCAAAUGGAAGAAACACAAAAGACCUGUCAAUCUCCCUCGGCCUGGGGCUCCAUGAAAGAUCUCACCUCGUGAAAUUGCAAUGAUCAUGAGAACGGUGAGGAAUCAGCCCAGAACUACACAGGAGGAUCUUGUCAAUGAUCUCAAGGCAGCUGGGACCAUAGUCUCCAAGAAAACAAUUGGUAACGCACUACGCCGUGAAGGACUGAAAUCCUGCAGCGCCCGCAAGGUCCCCCUGCUCAAGAAAGCACAUAUACAGGCCCGUCUGAAGUUUGCCAGUGAACAUCUGAAUGAUUCAGAGGAGAACUGGGUGAAAGUGUUGUGGUCAGAUGAGACCAAAAUUGAGCUCUUUGGCAUCAACUCAACUCGCCAUGUUUGGAGGAGGAGGAAUGCUGCCUAUAACCCCAAGAACACCAUCCCCACCGUCAAACAUGGAGGUGGAAACAUUAUGCUUUGGGGGUGUUUUUCUGCUAAGGGGACAGGACAACUUCACUGCAUCAAAGGGACGAUGGACGGGACCAUGUACCGUCAAAUCUUGGGUGAGAACCUCCUUCCCUCAGCCAGGGCAUUGAAAAUGGGUCGUGGAUGGGUAUUCCAGCAUGACAAUAACCCAAAACACACGGCCAAGGCAACAAAGGAGUGGCUCAAGAAUAAGUAAAUUAAGGUCCUGGAGUGGCAGCAUGGUAGUAGUACUUAAUCCCAUAGAAAAUCUGUGGAGGAAGCUCAAGGUUCGAGUUGCCAAACAUCAGCCUCGAAACCUUAAUGACUUGGAGAAGAUCUGCAAAGAGGAGUGGGACAAAAUCCCUCCUGAGAUGUGUGCAAACCUGGUGGCCAACUACAAGAAACGUCUGACCUCUGUGAUUGCCAACAAGGGUUUUGCCACCAAGUACUAAGUCAUGUUUUGCAGGGGGGUCAAAUACUUAUUUCCCUCAUUAAAAUGCAAAUAAAUGUAUAACAUUUUUGACAUGCUUUUUUCUGGGUUUUAUUUUGUUAUUCUAUCUCUCACUGUUCAAAUAAACCUACCAUUAAAAUUAUAGACUGAUCAUUUCUUUGUCAGUGGGCUAACGUACAAAAUCAGCAGGGGAUCAAAUACUUUUUUCCUAUAUCGACAUAACCUGAAAGGCCGUUCAGAUUGAGUGUAUUUAAACUUCUGACCCACUGGGAAUGUGAUGAAAGAAAUAAAAGCUGAAAUAAAUCAUUCUCUCUACUAUUAUUCUGACAUUUCACAUUCUUAAAAUAAAUUGUUGAUCCUAACUGACCUAAGACAGGGAAUUUUUACUAGGAUUAAAUGUCAGGAAUUGUGAAAAACUGAGUUUAAAUGUAUUUGUCUGAGGUGUAUGUAAACUUCCGACUUCAACUGUACUUUUUUCCCUCACUGUACUCCAAUCCUAUGUGAAUAUUUUGCCCUUACAUAGCCCAUCACCUAGCAACCUCAUCAAGCAGUUUUGAUCUCUUAGCGCAACAGCUAAGAUGUUGGUUUGACAGUCGCUGAAGCGGGUUUGUGACCUGGUUGGGACUACCGCCAGAAUUCAUUGCAAUAUGAAAGUGUGUGUGGUGUGUACACCAAACCUUUAUGUGUUUGUCCCAGGCUGGUGAGGCGUCCCAGACAGAGACGGUGUCGGAGGAGAAUAAGUCUCUGAUCUGGACGCUGCUGAAGCAGGUCAGGCCUGGGAUGGACCUGUCUAAAGUGGUCCUCCCCACCUUCAUCCUGGAGCCACGCUCCUUCCUGGACAAGCUGUCCGACUACUACUACCAUGCUGACUUCCUCUCUGAGUAAGUACUACUACCAUGAUGACUUCCUCUCUUCUGAGUAAGUACUACUACCAUGCUGACUUCCUCUCUGAGUAAGUACUACUACCAUGCUGACUUCCUCUCUGAGUAAGUACUACUACCAUGAUGACUUCCUCUCUUCUGAGUAAGUACUACUACCAUGCUGACUUCCUCUCUGAGUAAGUACUACUACCAUGCUGACUUCCUCUCUGAGUAAGUACUACUACCAUGCUGACUUCCUCUCUGAGUAAGUACUACUACCAUGCUGACUUCCUCUCUGAGUAAGUACUACUACCAUGAUGACUUCCUCUCUGAGUAAGUACUACUACCAUGAUGACUUCCUCUCUUCUGAGUAAGUACUACUACCAUGCUGACUUCCUCUCUGAGUAAGUACUACUACCAUGAUGACUUCCUCUCUGAGUAAGUACUACUACCAUGCUGACUUCCUCUCUGAGUAAGUACUACUACCAUGCUGACUUCCUCUCUGAGUAAGUACUACUACCAUGAUGACUUCCUCUCUUCUGAGUAAGUACUACUACCAUGAUGACUUCCUCUCUUCUGAGUAAGUACUACUACCAUGCUGACUUCCUCUCUGAGUAAGUACUACUACCAUGCUGACUUCCUCUCUGAGUAAGUACUACUACCAUGAUGACUUCCUCUCUUCUGAGUAAGUACUAGUACACUGGCUCCGGGGUGAAGGUUCCCCUAGGUACAGAUCUAGGAUCAGCUUCCCCUCCCCCAACCCUAACCUUAACCAUUAGUUUGGAAAAUGACAAACUGAUCCUAGAUCAGUGCUAGGGGCAACUUCACCCUACAACAAGUAGUACACUUACAAAGCCUCCGUUAUGAAGUGUACCACUACUUCAGUCUAGUACUAUUCUUCUGACUGAGUACUUCUCCAACCAGUUAACAACUAGACCUGGCUGUAAUGAUGUCAUUUUAACUAGUAUUGCCUGCUGGGACAGUACUACCAAGCUGACCAAUCAAAGAUCUUAUAUAGUAGGACAGUACUACCAAGCUGACCAAUCAAAGAUCUUAUAUAGUAGGACAGUACUACCAAGCUGACCAAUCAAAGAUCUUAUAUAGUAGGACAGUACUACCAAGCUGACCAAUCAAAGAUCUUAUAUAGUAGGACAGUACAGUCAGACCUGCCAAAGAUACAGCCAAAUAUUCAAAGAUGUAGCUUUAACUUGAUUUAGGUCCUCAUUGCGAUUUGAUGUGUAUCAUUUCCAGGGCAGCUGUGGAGGAGAAUGCCUACAACAGGAUGAAGAAAGUGGUGAAGUGGUAUAUCUCUGGAUUCUACAAAAAGCCACAGGUGAUUAGAACAUUCACUUAAAAUCACUGUUUAAGCAGGGUCAUGUUCAUUAGGAAAGCAGUGGAAAACAUUUUGCAACGUAAAAAGAAAAUGAAUGUUUCUUACUGGAUAGGUCCUGGUAGUCUCCCCCCAUUUCAGUCCAUUUCUUCUGUUAGGUGCCUAAUGAACACUACUCUGUUUGACAUGUGACAAGAUGUCCCUCGGUAUCCCUACCAUUCAGCAGACGUAUCUAAAGCUCUGUUUUUCCUCCUUAUGAAAACCAGGGACUGAAGAAGCCGUAUAACCCCAUCAUUGGUGAGACCUACCGCUGCAUGUGGCUCCAUAGCAAGACCAACAGCAAGACCUUCUACAUUUCUGAACAGGUAACGGAGCCAGGAGGGGAGACUGCUCCCUAAUAAGUGUUUGUCUGAUUGGGAUGGGAGGGGAGACUGCUACCUAAUAAGUGAUUGUCUGAUUGGGAUGGUAGGGGAGACUGCUACCUAAUAAGUGAUUGUCUGAUUGGGAUGGUAGGGGAGACUGCUACCUAAUAAGUGAUUGUCUGAUUGGGAUGGGAGGGGAGACUGCUCCCUAACAGGUGUUUGUCUGAUUGGGAUGGUAGGGGAGACUGCUACCUAAUAAGUGAUUGUCUGAUUGGGAUGGGAGGGGAGACUGCUCCCUAAUAAGUGUUUGUCUGAUUGGGAUGGUAGGGGAGACUGCUCCCUAACAGGUGUUUGUCUGAUUGGGAUGGGAGGGGAGACUGCUCCCUAAUAAGUGUUUGUCUGAUUGGGAUGGGAGGGGAGACUGCUCCCUAAUAAGUGAUUGUCUGAUUGGGAUGGUAGGGGAGACUGCUCCCUAAUAAGUGAUUGUCUGAUUGGGAUGGUAGGGGAGACUGCUACCUAACUGGUGUUUGUCUGAUUGGGAUGGUAGGGGAGACUGCUCCCUAAUAAGUGAUUGUCUGAUUGGGAUGGUAGGGGAGACUGCUCCCUAAUAAGUGAUUGUCUGAUUGGGAUGGUAGGGGAGACUGCUACCUAAUAAGUGUUUGUCUGAUUGGGAUGGGAGGGGAGACUGCUCCCUAAUAAUUGAUUGUCUGAUUGGGAUGGUAGGGGAGACUGCUACCUAAUAAGUGAUUGUCUGAUUGGGAUGGUAGGGGAGACUGCUACCUAAUAAGUGAUUGUCUGAUUGGGAUGUUUAAUCUGACAUUUGAGCAAUUGAUUCACCUUGUAGGUAGUAUGUAAAUGAUGGAUGUGUGGGUGAGUAGAUGGAUGGAUGGAUGGACGGGUUGGUGGAUGGAUGGAUGGAUCGACGGGUUGGUGGAUGGAUGGGUGGAUGAAAGAAGGAAUAAAUGUGAUAGGUUUUCAGAAGGUCUAGACUCUACAACAUGACAUGUUCUGGUAGACUGGGUAUGAUCAGGGUUAGCUUCCAGUACCUGUUCUCCUGACCUCUGACCAAUCACCUUCUCUCCCUGUCAGGUGUCCCAUCAUCCUCCAGUGUCGGCGUUCUACGUCAGUAACAGGAAGGACGGCUUCUGUCUCAGCGGAAGCAUCCUGGCCAAGUCCAAGUUCUACGGUAGAACACACACUCCUACACACACACACACACACACACACACACACACACACACACAUGCAUGCACGCCGACACACACACACACACACACGCACACAUACACACACAUACACACACCUACCAAACAGCACAUGUACAGUGGGGGAAAAAAGUAUUUAGUCAGCCACCAAUUGUGCAAGUUCUCCCACUUAAAAAGAUGAGAGAGGCCUGUAAUUUUCAUCAUAGCUACACGUCAACUAUGACAGACAAAUUGAGAGAAAAAAAAUCCAGAAAAUCACAUUGUAGGAUUUUUAAUGAAUUUAUUUGCAAAUUAUGGUGGAAAAUAAGUAUUUGAUCACCUACAAACAAGCAAGAUUUCUGGCUCUCACAGACCUGUAACUUAUUCUUUAAGAGGCUCCUCUGUCCUCCACUCGUUACCUGUAUUAAUGGCACCUGUUUGAACUUGUUAUCAGUAUAAAAGUCACCUGUCCACAACCUCAAACAGUCACACUCCAAACUCCACUAUGGCCAAGACCAAAGAGCUGUCAAAGGACACCAGAAACAAAAUUGUAGACCUGCACCAGGCUGGGAAGACUGAAUCUGCAAUAGGUAAGCAGCUUGGUUUGAAGAAAUCAACUGUGGGAGCAAUUAUUAGGAAAUGGAAGACAUACAAGACCACUGAUAAUCUCCCUCGAUCUGGGGCUCCACGCAAGAUCUCACCUCGUGGGGUCAAAAUGAUCACAAGAACGGUGAGCAAAAAUCCCAGAACCACACGGGGGGACCUAGUGAAUGACCUGCAGAGAGCUGGGACCAAAGUAACAAAGCCUACCAUCAGUAACACACUACGCCGCCAGGGACUCAAAUCCUGCAGUGCCAGACGUGUCCCCCUGCUUAAGCCAGUACAUGUCCAGGCCCGUCUGAAGUUUGCUAGAGUGCAUUUGGAUGAUCCAGAAGAGGAUUGGGAGAAUGUCAUAUGGUCAGAUGAAACCAAAGUAGAACUUUUUGGUAAAAACUCAACUCGUCGUGUUUGGAGGACAAAGAAUGCUGAGUUGCAUCCAAAGAACACCAUACCUACUGUGAAGCAUGGGGGUGGAAACAUCAUGCUUUAGGGCUGUUUUUCUGCAAAGGGACCAGGACGACUGAUCCGUGUAAAGGAAAGAAUGAAUGGGGCCAUGUAUCGUGAGAUUUUGAGUGAAAACCUCCUUCCAUCAGCAAGGGCAUUGAAGAUGAAACGUGGCUGGGUCUUUCAGCAUGACAAUGAUCCCAAACACACCGCCCGGGCAACGAAGGAGUGGCUUCGUAAGAAGCAUUUCAAGGUCCUGGAGUGGCCUAGCCAGUCUCCAGAUCUCAACACCAUAGAAAAUAUUUUGAGGGAGUUGAAAGUCCCAAAACAUCACUGCUCUAAAGGAGAUCUGCAUGGAGGAAUGGGCCAAAAUACCAGCAACAGUGUAUGAAAACCUUGUGAAGACUUACAGAAAACGUUUGACCUGUGUCAUUGCCAACAAAGGGUAUAUAACAAAGUAUUGAGAAACUUUUGUUAUUGACUAAAUACUUAUUUUCCACCAUAAUUUGCAAAAUAAAUUCAUUAAAAAUCCUACAAUGUGAUUUUCUGGAUUUUUUUUCCUCAUUUUGUCUGUCAUAGUUGACGUGUACCUAUGAUGAAAAUUACAGGCCUCUCUCAUCUUUUUAAGUGGGAGAACAUGCACAAUUGGUGGCUGACUAAAUACUUUUUUUCCCCAUUGUAUAUAAAUAGAGACUUAGGGCCUGUCUCAUUAUCAGUGGGUAAUGAACAUUUUGGAACACAUUUCUUCGUAAAAAUGUAUUUUAUUCCAUUUUAAAAGCGCACCCAACAAAUAUUUAAGUGGUGUUAACACCAUUUCCUGGGUGUUGUCAUGACGAUGUGUCUCUGUGCAGGAAACUCCCUGUCGGCCAUAUUGGACGGAGAGGCUCGGCUCACCUUCCUCAACAGAGGAGAAGACUACGUCAUGAACAUGCCCUACGCCCACUGCAAAGGUCUGACCUCUUUUACUGGCUGGAGUCUUACUGUGAAAGCUACACACGCUGCAUUAAUACCCUUAUAAUGUUAUAUGCCCACCAAAUGUUAUUUGCAAGCAUACCAGGGUUGGGCUCAAUUCAAAUUGAUUUUUCAGGAAGUAAACUGAAAUUCCAAUUCAAUAAUUAAAAAGAGUCAAUCUAUUUUUAAUGACUUCUUAAUAAACUGAAAAGGAGAAGCUAUUUAUGUCAGAAGUUUAAAACAUUUUUGAUUUUAAAUUCAAAUCACUUCCUGAAUUGACUUGAGCCCAACCCUGAAGCAUACACGUCCCUUUCUUCUUCAUGGGAAGUACAGUCAACCUUACUUCUCUAGUCAUACAGACUGACUGGAAAGUACAGAACUGGAGUACUGUAAAUAUACUUCACUACUAACUGAAUCGGUCCUGAUUGGCACACUACCAGGAUUGGAGUCAAUACCAUUUCAUUUCAGUCAAUAUAAAAGUAAUGGGGAACAUUGGAAUCAGAAUUUCACUUUACUUCCUGAAUGGAAUUCAUUUAAAUGGAAUAGACCCUAACACUGCACUCUACUGUAGUGUAUACUAACUAUCCUCCCUCUGUAGGGUACCAUCUCUACUGUAGUGUAUACUAACUAUCCUCCCUCUGUAGGGUACUAUCUCUACUGUAGAGUAUACUAACUAUCCUCCCUCUGUAGGGUACUAUCUCUACUGUAGUGUAUACUAACUAUCCUCCCUCUGUAGGGUACCAUCUCUACUGUAGUGUAUACUAACUAUCCUCCCUCUGUAGGGUACCAUCUCUACUGUGCUGUAUACUAACUAUCCUCCCUCUGUAGGGUACUAUCUCUACUGUAGUGUAUACUAACUAUCCUCCCUCUGUAGGGUACUAUCUCUACUGUAGUGUAUACUAACUAUCAUCCCUCUGUAGGGUACCAUCUCUACUGUGCUGUAUACUAACUAUCCUCCCUCUGUAGGGUACCAUCUCUACUGUAGUGUAUACUAACUAUCCUCCCUCUGUAGGGUACCAUCUCUACUGUAGUGUAUACUAACUAUCCUCCCUCUGUAGGGUACUAUCUCUACUGUAGUGUAUACUAACUAUCCUCCCUCUGUAGGGUACCAUCUCUACUGUAGUGUAUACUAACUAUCCUCCCUCUGUAGGGUACCAUCUCUACUGUAGUGUAUACUAACUAUCCUCCCUCUGUAGGGUACCAUCUCUACUGUAGUGUAUACUAACUAUCCUCCCUCUGUAGGGUACCAUCUCUACUGUAGUGUAUACUAACUAUCCUCCCUCUGUAGGGUACCAUCUCUACUGUAGUGUAUACUAACUAUCCUCCCUCUGUAGGGUACCAUCUCUACUGUAGUGUAUACUAACUAUCCUCCCUCUGUAGGGUACCAUCUCUACUGUAGUGUAUACUAACUAUCCUCCCUCUGUAGGGUACCAUCUCUACUGUAGUGUAUACUAACUAUCCUCCCUCUGUAGGGUACCAUCUCUACUGUAGUGUAUACUAACUAUCCUCCCUCUGUAGGGUACCAUCUCUACUGUAGUGUAUACUAACUAUCCUCCCUCUGUAGGGUACCAUCUCUACUGUAGUGUAUACUAACUAUCCUCCCUCUGUAGGGUACCAUCUCUACUGUGCUGUAUACUAACUAUCCUCCCUCUGUAGGGUACCAUCUCUACUGUAGUGUAUACUAACUAUCCUCCCUAUGUAGGGUACUAUCUCUACUGUAGUGUAUACUAACUAUCCUCCCUCUGUAGGGUACCAUCUCUACUGUAGUGUAUACUAACUAUCCUCCCUCUGUAGGGUACUAUCUCUACUGUAGAGUAUACUAACUAUCCUCCCUCUGUAGGGUACUAUCUCUACUGUAGAGUAUACUAACUAUCCUCCCUCUGUAGGGUACCAUCUCUACUGUAGAGUAUACUAACUAUCCUCCCUCUGUAGGGUACUAUCUGUAGUGUAUACUAACUAUCCUCCCUCUGUAGGGUACCAUCUCUACUGUAGUGUAUACUAACUAUCCUCCAUCUGUAGGGUACUAUCUCUACUGUAGAGUAUACUAACUAUCCUCCCUCUGUAGGGUACCAUCUCUACUGUAGUAUAUACUAACUAUCCUCCCUCUGUAGGGUACUAUCUCUACUGUAGAGUAUACUAACUAUCCUCCCUCUGUAGGGUACCAUCUCUACUGUGCUGUAUACUAACUAUCCUCCCUCUGUAGGGUACCAUCUCUACUGUGCUGUAUACUAACUAUCCUCCCUCUGUAGGGUACCAUCUCUACUGUAGUGUAUACUAACUAUUCUCCCUCUGUAGGGUACCAUCUCUACUGUGCUUUAUACUAACUAUCCUCCCUCUGUAGGGUACCAUCUCUACUGUGCUGUAUACUAACUAUCCUCCCUCUGUAGGGUACCAUCUCUACUGUAGAGUAUACUAACUAUCCUCCCUCUGUAGGGUACCAUCUCUACUGUAGAGUAUACUAACUAUCCUCCCUCUGUAGGGUACCAUCUCUACUGUAGUGUAUACUAACUAUCCUCCCUCUGUAGGGUACCAACUCUACUGUAGAGUAUACUAACUAUCCUCCCUCUGUAGGGUACCAUCUCUACUGUGCUGUAUACUAACUAUCCUCCCUCUGUAGGGUACCAUCUCUACUGUAGUGUAUACUAACUAUCCUCCCUCUGUAGGGUACUAUCUCUACUGUAGAGUAUACUAACUAUCCUCCCUCUGUAUGGUACCAUCUCUACUGUAGUGUAUACUAACUAUCCUCUCUCUGUAGGGUACCAUCUCUACUGUAGUGUAUACUAACUAUCCUCCCUCUGUAGGGUACCAUCUCUACUGUAGAGUAUACUAACUAUCCUCCCUCUGUAGGAUACCAUCUCUACUGUAGUGUAUACUAACUAUCCUCCCUCUGUAGGGUACCAUCUCUACUGUAGAGUAUACUAACUAUCCUCCCUCUGUAGGGUACCAUCUCUACUGUAGAGUAUACUAACUAUCCUCCCUCUGUAGGGUACUAUCUCUACUGUAGAGUAUAAUAGCUAUCCUCGCUCUCUAGGGUACUAUCUCUACUGUAGAGUAUACUAACUAUCCUCCCUCUGUAGGGUACCAUCUCUACUGUAGAGUAUACUAACUAUCCUCCCUCUGUAGGGUACCAUCUCUACUGUGCUGUAUACUAACUAUCCUCCCUCUGUAGGGUACCAUCUCUACUGUAGUGUAUACUAACUAUCCUCCCUCUGUAGGGUACCAUCUCUACUGUAGAGUAUACUAACUAUCCUCCCUCUGUAGGGUACCAUCUCUACUGUAGAGUAUACUAACUAUCCUCCCUCUGUAGGGUACUAUCUCUACUGUAGAGUAUACUAACUAUCCUCCCUCUGUAGGGUACCAUCUCUACUGUAGUGUAUACUAACUAUCCUCCCUCUGUAGGGUACCAUCUCUACUGUAGUGUAUACUAACUAUCCUCCCUCUGUAGGGUACUAUCUCUACUGUAGUGUAUACUAACUAUCCUCCCUCUGUAGGGUACCAUCUCUACUGUAGAGUAUACUAACUAUCCUCCCUAUGUAGGGUACUAUCUCUACUGUGCUGUAUACUAACUAUCCUCCCUCUGUAGGGUACCAUCUCUACUGUAGUGUAUACUAACUAUCCUCCCUCUGUAGGGUACCAUCUCUACUGUAGUGUAUACUAACUAUCCUCCCUCUGUAGGGUACCAUCUCUACUGUAGUGUAUACUAACUAUCCUCCCUCUGUAGGGUACCAUCUCUACUGUAGAGUAUACUAACUAUCCUCCCUCUGUAGGGUACCAUCUCUACUGUAGAGUAUACUAACUAUCCUCCCUCUGUAGGGUACCAUCUCUACUGUAGUGUAUACUAACUAUCCUCCCUCUGUAGGGUACCAUCUCUACUGUAGUGUAUACUAACUAUCCUCCCUCUGUAGGGUACCAUCUCUACUGUAGUGUAUACUAACUAUCCUCCCUCUGUAGGGUACCAUCUCUACUGUAGUGUAUACUAACUAUCCUCCCUCUCUUAGGCAUUCUGUAUGGCACCAUGACUCUGGAGCUGGCUGGCCAGAUCACCAUCGCCUGUGAGAAGACGGGCUACAGUGCCCAGCUCGAGUUCAAACUCAAGGUAGGAGGAAAUAACUUGUUCUUUAGCUACAAUCAUUUAGCUUUUAGUCUUUAAUUAACAAGAACUUCAAAUUGCGUCAGGCAGUUUUAGUGCUUGAAACUGUAAUUAAUCGUUACAUGGGGGUGUUGCCAACCCUCCUCUUGGAGUGCUACAGUACUCACCUGCAGGCUUUUGCUCCAGCCCAAAUGGAGCACACCUGAUUCUACUAAUUACAGUUGAAGUCGGAAGUUUACAUACACCUUAGCAAAAUACAUUUAAACUCAGUUUUUCACAAUUCGUGACAUUUAAUCCUAGUAGGUCAGUUAGGAUCACCACUUUAUUUUAAGAAUGUGAAAUGUCAGAAUAAUAGUAGAGAGAAUGAUUUAUUUCAGCUUUUAUUCCCAGUGGGUGAGAAGUUUACAUACACUCCAUUAGUAUUUGGUAGCAUUGCCUUUAAAUUGUUUAACUUGGGUCAAACGUUUUGGGUAGCCUUCCACAAGCUUCCCACAAUAAGUUUGGUGAAUUUCGGCCCAUUCCUCCUGACAGAGCUGGUGUAACUGAGUCAGGUUUGUAGGCCUCCUUGCUCGCACACGCUUUUUCAAUUCUGCCCACACAUUUUCUAUACGAUUGAGGUCAGGGCUUUGUUAUGGCCACUCCAAUACCUUGACUUUGUUGUCCUCAAGCCAUUUUGCCACAACUUUGGAAGUAUGCUUGGGUUCGUUGUCCAUUUGGAAGACCCAUUUGCGACCAAGCUUUAACUUCCUGACUGAUGUCUUGAGAUGUUGCUUCAAUAUAUCCACAUCAUUUUCCUUCCUCAUGAUGCCAUCUAUUUUGUGAAUUGCACCAGUCCCUCCUGCAGAAAAGCACCCUCACAGCAUGAUGCUGCCACCCCCGUGCUUCACGGUUGGGAUGGUGUUCUUCGGCUUGCAAGCAACCCCCUUUUUCUUCCAAACAUACCGAUGGUCAUUAUGGCCAAACAGUUCUAUUUUUGUUUCAUCAGACCAGAGGACAUUUCUCCAAAAAGUACGAUCUUUGUCCCCAUGUGCAGUUGCAAACUGUAGUCUGGCUUUUUUGUGGCGGUUUUGGAGCAGUGGCUUCUUCCUUGCUGAGCUGCCUUUCAGGUUAUGUCAAUAUAGGACUAGUUUUACUGUGGAUAUAGAUACUUUUGUACCUGUUUCCUCCAGCAUCUUCACAAGGUACUUUGCUGUUGUUCUGGGAUUGAUUUGCACUUUUCGCACCAAAGUACGUUCAUCUCUAGGAGACAGAACGCGUCUUCUUCCUGAGUGGUAUGACGGCUGUUCCCAUGGUGUUUAUACUUCUGUACUAUUGUUUGUACAGAUGAACGUGGUACCUUCAGGCAUUUGGAAAUUGCUCCCAAGGAUGAACCAGACUUGUGGAGGUCUACCAUUUUCUUUCUGAGGUCUUGGCUGAUUUCUUUUGAUUUUCCCAUGAUGUCAAGCAAAGAGGCACUGAGUUUGAAGGUAGGCCUUGAAAUACAUCCACAGGUACACGUCCAAUUGACUCAAAUGAUGUCAAUUAGCCUAUCAGAAGCUUCUAAAGCCAUGACAUCAGCUGUUUAAAGGCACAGUCAACUUAGUGUAUGUAAACUUCUGACCCACUGGAAUUGUGAUACAGUGAAUUAUAAGUGAAAUAAUCUGUCUGUAAACAAUUGUUGGAAAAAUUACUUGAGUCAUGCACAAAGUAGAUGUCUUAACUGACUUGCCAAAACUAUAGUUUGUUAACAAAAAAUUUGUGGAGUGGUUGAAAAACGAGUUUUAAUGACUCCAACCUAAGUGUAUGUAAACUUCCGACAUCAACUGUAGCUGCUCAACAGGACCUUGAUUAGCUGAUCAGGUGUUUUACAGUGGGGUUGGAACGAAAGCCUGCAUAUCCAGUACCUAUCUGAGAGGAGGGUUGACAGACCACCCCUGUGCUACAUCUUGAACUUCAAAACAAACACCAAUACCAAUGUGAUGAAUACUCCUUUCUGUAACACUUUAUUUUACAGCCUUCUACUUACCAGGUAAUACUUAGAUAGUACUUGUUGAAGUGGUAGUUACUGUACAUAGAGUAAUAGUAUAGUUAGAUUAGUAGCUAUGUACAAAGUGGUUUCUUUUGAGAUACAAGCAUCAAUAUGUACCAUUUGGUACCAGGUAGUUACCAAGAGUGUUGGAUUCUUUGAGGGCGUUACCAGAAAUGUUCCAUUGGUGCCAUGUAACAUGGUUACCAUGUCUCCACUUUGUUGCCAUGUAACAUGGUUACCAUGUGUCCACUUUGUUACCAUGUAAAUACCAGGUAAGAACCAGGUUAAACAGGGCUGUAACAUAAAGCGUCACCCUCCCCCUCUAUUUUCAGCCGUUCUUGGGUAACAAUGACAGCGUCAACCAGAUCUCUGGAAAGAUCAAGCUGGGGAAGGAGGUGCUGGCUACACUGGAGGGACACUGGGUAAGUUUGUUAUGUAUCGAACAGAAGGAAAACCGUCUGAAACAGGGACUAGAAAUGCUUAUUUUCCUUUUCCGUUGCAAACGUGUGUGCGCUAAUGAACAUGACCGUGCACUUCCCUUUAACUACCAUAUGCAUUGAAAGAGGAUGUAUCACUUCUCUAUAAUUACCAUAUGCAUUGAAAGAGGAUGUAUCACUUCUCUAUAAUUACCAUAUGCAUUGAAAGAGGAUGUAUCACUUCUCUUUAAUUACCAUAUGCAUUGAAAGAGGUUGUAUCACUUCUCUAUAAUUACCAUAUGCAUUGAAAUAGGUUGUAUCACUUCUCUAUAGUUACCAUAUGCAUUGAAAGAGGAUGUAUCACUUCUCUAUAACUACCAUAUGCAUUGAAAGAGGAUGUAUCACUUCUCUUUAACUACCAUAUGCAUUGAAAGAGGAUGUAUCACUUCUCUAUAAUUACCAUAUGCAUUGAAAGAGGAUGUAUCACUUCUCUAUAAUUACCAUAUGCAUUGAACGAGGUUGUAUCACUUCUCUUUAAUUACCAUAUGCAUUGAAAGAGGCUGUAUCACUUCUCUUUAAUUACCGUAUGCAUUGAAAGAGGAUGUAUCACUUCUCUAUAAUUACCAUAUGCAUUGAAAGAGGAUGUAUCACUUCUCUAUAAUUACCAUAUGCAUUGAAAGAGGGUGUAUCACUUCUCUUUAAUUACCAUAUGCAUUGAAAGAGGUUGUAUCACUUCUCUUUAAUUACCAUAUUCAUUGAAAGAGGAUGUAUCACUUCUCUUUAAUUACCAUAUGCAUUGAAAGAGGGUGUAUCACUUCUCUUUAAUUACCAUAUGCAUUGAAAGAGGAUGUAUCACUUCUCUAUAAUUACCAUAUGCAUUGAAAGAGGAUGUAUCACUUCUCUAUAACUACCAUAUGCAUUGAAAGAGGCUGUAUCACUUCUCUAUAAUUACCAUAUGCAUUGAAAGAGGAUGUAUCACUUCUCUAUAAUUACCAUAUGCAUUGAAAGAGGAUGUAUCACUUCUCUAUAAUUACCGUAUGCAUUGAAAGAGGCUGUAUCACUUCUCUAUAAUUACCAUAUGCAUUGAAAGAGGAUGUAUCGGGUUUUUUAAAGGUUCAAAAUUAUAGAGGCUGUAUCACUUCUCUAUAAUUACCAUAUGCAUUGAAAGAGGAUGUAUCGGUUUUUUUAAAGGUUCAAAAUUAUAGAGGCUGUAUCACUUCUCUAUAAUUACCAUAUGCAUUGAAAGAGGAUGUAUCACUUCUCUAUAAUUACCAUAUGCAUUGAAAGAGGAUGUAUCGGUUUUUUUAAAGGUUCAAAGUGAUACAGCCUAUAUAUUUAACCUUCAUUUAACUAGGCAAGUCAGUUAAGAACAAAUUCUUAUUUACAAUGACGGCCUACAAAAUGGGUUGUUUUCUGCACUAAAGGCCAGACACACUCUUGAAUAGAUCAUGAUACUUUUAGUGUGUCAGGGUGGCAGGCUGUGUACAGUAUAUCAUCACCAAUAUCUUUUUUUAUUGGGUUUUCAGCUGGAUCCAGCUGGCUUUUACUGUGUUCUCGCUAAGCUGUGCCUCAGACAGACAGACACACAGACAGACACACACAUACAGACAGACAGACAGACAGACAGACAGACAGACAGACAUGAGUCAGUGUUAGAACCUGACCACUCCUCUGCAUAACUAUCACCUCAGUCCAUUCUAUCUGACAUCUUCCCCUGCCUUUCUGGGUAAUUACCCCAGCCAUUAGUGUCACAGGUUUCUGUGAGGGAAAUAACAACAGUGUGUGUGUGUGUGUGUUAGCCAUGUCCUCAGAUCAGUCAAUACUGAUACAGCUCUCUCAGCCUGUUUGGGUAGACCACCAGAUUAGCUGUACCUUAACAUCUCUAACAAUGGGUGCGUCCCAAAUGGUACCCUAUUCCCUAUAUAGUACGCUACUUUUGACCAGGGCCCACAGCCAGGUUAUUUUGGUAAGUUAGGGUGAUGGACUUUGUGAUUGAUAAGAAGCAGGGGUUGAUGGCAGAUAACAGGAUGUCAGCCAAUUGUGUGAGGGAUUGAACGUUUGUCUGGUUGGUGUGUAGGUGUUUUUUUAUUUCUGCAUGUGUGUGUUUCUCAUUUAAUGCUUUUUGUCUGAACGUGUGUGUGUGUGCGUGUGUGUGUGCGUGUGUGUGUGUGUGUGUGUGUGUGUGUGUGGUCUAACUGUGUUAACUGGGUCUUCCUGUGUGUCUGGCUCCUCCAGGACAGUGAAGUCUUCAUCAACGAUAAGAAGACCGGGGUGGUGGAUACGUUUUGGAACCCCACCCCAGAGCUACGUCAGAGCAGGCUAACACGCUGCACCGUGCCUCCUGAGGACCAGGGAGACUAUGAGUCUGAGAGGUAUGAAGGGACAGACAGACUCUUUUCAUUCACCUCUCUCCCCUCACUUCAUCUCAUUCCUUCCCCUCUUUAUUCCCCCUCUCUCCCCUCACUUCAUCAUCUCAUUCCUUCCCCUCUUUAUUCCUCCUUGUCAUUUCCAUUUCAACUCAGUCAUCACAGAAAGUCAAUUGAAAUACAAGUAAUGGAGAAGAAAGUCCACACAGAAAAUAAAAUGGGAAAAGGGCAAUUUUCACAUCUUCUGAGUUAAUAUUGAAAUGGAUUUUUGUUUUGUAUCCAAAAGAAGCUGCUUAUCAGGGAGAGAGUAGAGGGAGAGAGAAUAACUCUGUAACUCUGUCUCUCUCGCUCUCUCUCGCUCCCCACUAUCUCUUUCUUCCCACCUCUCUUUCUCUCUCUCUACAUCUGUCUCUCUCUCUAUAUGUACUUUUCUAACCCCCACCCUCUCUAUCAUUCUCUCUCUCUUUUUCUCUCUUUCUCUCUCUCUCUCUCCUCUCACUCUUCCUCUGACUCUCUCUCUCUCCCUCUAUCUCCCCCUUUCUCUCUCCCUCCGUCCAGGUUAUGGCAGCAUGUAACGAGGGCCAUCAACAACAAGGACCAGACAGAGGCCACCAAUGAGAAGUUUAUCCUGGAGGAGGCUCAGAGGAAGUCGGCCCGCGAGCGCAAGGCCAAGUGUGAGGACUGGGCGCCCGGGCUCUUUGAACAGGACCCCGUCACCGGAGAGUGGCAUUACAGAUAUGCCGAGUGAGUGCCUCGUCUCCAAUUCACACACUCUAUUCCCCAUAGGGCUCUGGUCAAAAGUAGUGCACUAUAUAGGGAAUAGGGUGCCAUUUGGUUGAAGUCGAGUAGAAGUUACAGUUCUAGGAUCAGCUUAUCUCCUUCAUAUUUGUAUGUUAGCCAUGAGUGGGUGGAUUGGGAGACUGACCUUAGAUCCACUUCUUCCAUUUACCUCCAUGUUGAUACAUUAAAGGAGAGGUUUUAUGUAACUACAAUGGGUGAUUUUAUGUAACUACAAUGGGUGAUUUUAUGUAACUACAAUGGGUGAUUUUAUGUAACUACAAUGGGUGAUUUUAUGUAACUACAAUGGGUGAUUUUAUGUAACUACAAUGGGUGGUUUUAUGUAACUACAAUGGGUGAUUUUAUAUAACUACAAUGGGUGAUAUGAAUUCUAUAUUGACAGGCAUAGCCAGGAGAAACUGGUUAUAUUUAACGUUAUAGAGAUGUUAGACUGUAUUAGUUUAUCAGUGCUUCCAAUAUUAUGACGAAUAAGAGGUAGCAUCAAAACCUUGUAUGUAAACUCUUUGCAGCUAAUGUGAACCCUAGAGCUGAUAAACAGGGGGAUUGGGACACCUAAUGGAUGGACUUGGUGUUACAACAGCAUGUUGGCAUGACUUUACCUCUGCUAAUCAAUACCAACAGACUGGAAUAUCUGUUGAUGUAAUGUUCUCUCUUUCUCUCCUUUCUAUGUGUGUGUGUGUGUGUGUGUGUGUGUGUGUGUGUGUGUGUGUGUGUGUGUGUGUGUGUGUGUGUGUGUGUGUGUGUGUGUGUGUGUGUGUGUGUGUAUGUGUAUGUGUAUGUGUAUGUGUAUGUGUAUGUGUAUGUGUAUGUGUCUGUGUCUGUGUCUGUGUCUGUGUGUGUGUGUGUGUGUGUGUGUGUCCAUCCGCAGCACCCGGCCGUGGGAUCCGCUGAAUGAUAUGAUUCAGUUUGAGAAAGACGGCUGGAUCCAGACUAAAGUGCGGCAUCGCACCCCUAUGGUACGUUCUGCCAGUGUAAUUAGUCUCAGUAACCAGGGCCCAAGGAGGGAUGGCAAUUGCAAGUGCCAGGUAGGUUGGCCAACCGAACAGCGCUCCCUGAGUUGUUUUUAUACUUUUUAUACUGUCACCAGCCACCACUGCCGCUUGCGCUAAAAGUCUUCUCCAGCGCCAUUCACAACCAUCGCCUGUGGCUGCUUCCGUUCCGUGUGGGCCGCGCCGCACUGCCAAGCCUGUUGUCUCUCACCGCCAUUUUGUUUUGACUGUUUCCUCACCACCUACCGCCAUGUUGGUUGUUGUCAUUAGAUGAUUUCAGGAUAAUUCUGUUGUCAUUUUUAAGAAGGCAGGUUUUUUAUGUCUCUAUGUGCUGUAAUAGGUGUUUAGUUGGUUAGUUUAAUUUAAGUUGCAACUGACUGUGUUGUUGGUUGUUUUUGGAGUUUCACUGAAUGUGGCCAAUCGGCACGCUCGCAUGCCUCACACAGCUGUGCUACUGAUUAGCAUGUGAUGCAAGUGUUGUGUGUGUGUGCGUGUCGCGUGUUUGCGUCUCAGUGUUUUUUUCCUAAGUGCAGCUAUUUACGUAGUUUCUGUGUGUUCGUUCGUAGGUGUACAAGCGUGUGUGUGCAGUGCGUGAGUGUUUUUGUGUAGGUAUCUUUGGUUUUGUCGUCUUCUCUGUGGUGUGUGUGUUGAUUUGGUGGCUGGUGUGUGUGGCUCUAUAUUGAUGUGUGUGUCCUUGGUGUGUGUAGGUGACAGGGCCCAAAAGAAAGCAGAAGCACAGUGACAAGCCCAAGAAACCUGAGAGUGGCUGCUCCUCCCCAGAACCUGACCGCCAGGACUCCUCCGGGAGCGAGCGUACGUCACACACACACACACACACACACACACACACACCAACAAUAUUACAAUACCACUCACAUUAAUACACAUACAAUCCCAAUGCUACAACACAACAUCCCUCACACACACACACACACACACACACACACACACACACUCAUACACCCCCCCUCACACACACACACACAUACACACUCAUACACCCCCCCUCACACACACACAUACACCACACACACACACACCCCCCACACACUCAUACACCCCCCCCCCCCCCCCCCCCCCCCCCCCCACACACACACACACACACAUGCUUCAUACCCAUACAGGAUUAUAACAUCUCUUUAGACAGGUUAUUAAGGAUACUCAUGAUGUAAUAAGUUGACUUUAACAAUUGCUUCCUCCAUUUGUUAUUCAUUGCGUUAAAGUAACUGUCCAGUGUUUCCAGAUUUCUAUGAAAUAGGACCUAUAAUUACUUAUGAUUGCAAUAUGAGUGAAAUAGUUUUCCUUCCAAAAAUGUUUUAUUCAUUAUGUUAAAAAGCAGCUUUUCUGUGUUGGAAUGGUGUGGGGCGAACCCCAACAACAGAAUGGUGUGGGCCUACCCCAACAACAGAAUGGUGUGGGGCGAACCCCAACAACAGAAUGGUGUGGGUCUACCCCAACAAUAGAAUGGUGUGGGCCUACCCCAACAACAGAAUGGUGUGGGCCUACCCCAACAACAGAAUGGUGUGGGCCUACCCCAACAACAGAAUGGUGUGAGCCUACCCCAACAACAGAAUGGUGUGGGCCUACCCCAACAACAGAAUGGUGUGGGCCUACCCCAACAACAGAAUGGUGUGGGUCUACAGUAUGGAUACCGGUCGUACAAAAUAGUCAACAGAGCGAGUAGACCGCUGAUUGGCCAGCUCAUCCUCCUCAGGAGUAUGACAUCAUACUCCUGUUUGAGGUUUUCAUCUGUUUGAGGUUUUCAAAGUGUUUUUUACUCCAAUUUAUUCUUUAGCCACAAAUACGAGUAUAGGACGAGUCAACAACAUUAUUUGGGUAUGAAUUAACUGAAUAUUAACUUUUAAUAGUGAGAUUUUCACUGGACAGUUACUUUAACAUUUGUUAUUGACUCUAUGUUACAGCUGAUUGUUGCUGUUUCUGUAUUUCAGGACACAAAAGCAAGCACAGUAGCCGGUUAAGGAAAAAGGGCCCAGACCUUAGUGAACUUCAAAGUGCCAUUGAUUCUAUAAAGAAGACACAGGAGAACAUUUACAAGUGA